AUGAAAACUUACUUUCAUACAAAUAGAAUUACUAUCAAUAAUAAAAGUAUAAACAAAAAAUACAGAGUGACAAUUAAUUUAGAAAAUGAAUUAAAUAAUGAAGCUGCAGAGUUUAUAAAAAAAUUUCAACAUUCCCCAAAUCUAGAUGGUUUAUACUAUGGAACAAUUAAAAUAAAUGAUAACAAUAAUCAUUUUGAAGACGAAAUUGCAUGUUUCUUUAUAAUCUCCAAAGCUAACCAAAAUAAGAGUUUAAUCGAGCUAUUGAAAGUGAAUAACAAUACAAUUGAUGGUUUAGAAAAAUCUUUAUUUUUAAAAGAUAUUUACAUUGACCCUUUGUAUAGUGGUAAUUUAUUUUAUUUUAUUUCAAUUUUAAAGAGUUUAAAAAUUUCACACCAAUGCAAAUAUAAAUCAUUUUAUAUAUCAACAAAAUCAGGUUUAACUUCGACAUGGAUAAACCUAGAAAAAGUCGGCUUUAAAAGAGUAUAUGAUAAAAACCCUAAUAAGAAUCAACCUACCAAUACUCUAAACCACUGGGCAUCAAAAGAAAAAAGCUUUUUAUAUAAAUAUGAUAUGAAUGAAGCAAACAAAGAUUGGGAUGAACUUAUAAACAAUGCACUAUCAACUGAAUUUGAAAUUUUUUGGAAACAAUUCUCUAGUCAAUACAAUAUAAAAAGUAAAUUAUAA